UAUUAUAACGAGUCUAACAAUUAAGGAAAAAGGUAUUAAUUCAAUACAAGAAAACGAAUAUAACUCUAUUUAUAAAGAAAAUGACGGUUUACGUAGUCGAUUAUUGGAUAAAAAAAUCGAAUAUCAAAAAUCACAGAUGUUAGACCAUCUUACUAAUAAUACAGUGUUCGUUGAUGGUAUACCACAUUACGAUGUUAAUACAGCAAAAGAAAAAGAACGAAUUAAAAAUAUGGAAACCGGUUUUCUAUCUAUGUUGUCUAUGAAAGGUGUCAAAUAUAUAUUCAAAAGAGGUUUCCAUUGGAGGACGUGGAGGGAUGUUGAAAGUGAAGGAAAUAAGACGAUAAUCUGUUACAAAUGUAAAGGAUUGGGUAAUACUUCCUGCAAAGAUUGUUUAACCUCUGGUUAUUGGAUAAUGGAAGAAAAGCCACCGCCGUGUCCAUACGAAAUACUAUCAGUAUCUAACAAUAAUCAAAUAUGUUCUAUUUAUUUUACUCAAUGGAAUGAUAUACCAAGUGCUUGUCCUACUUUGAUUAAUUUAAACGAUUUGUUAUCCGCAUGCGAUAAUCCUUUAGAAACCGAAUGGAAAAUAACGAGUAAAUAUAACGAUUUAGAAUCGGAAACAACACUAGCUGACAUAUGCAAAGGGCGGGAAAGUUGUCGACUUUUGACAUUAUACACGAUAUUACCGCAUUCCAUACUAUUUCGAAUUAUUAAUAGAACAAAUCAUAUAAUUUAUUCAAGAGUCAUGAUGGACGGACAUAGGAAUUACGCUUGUGUAGAUAACUGUGGUAUUAUAGAUAGAAAAACUAACAGAAUUAUCAAAAAUGACUCUCCACUUAUGUUCGAUUUAUUAGCAACGAAUUCGGAUACGCAUAAAAAUAAAAGGGAAUACAAACAGUAUAAUAAUACGUUUGAAACGACAACUGAUAAUAUGUUAAAAAGUUUAUUUUUCCUAUCAAAAAAUCUUAACAAUAAUCGUUAUAACGGAUUUGGACAAAAGAGUAUGAACACAACUAAUACUAAUUUAAAAAUGGAAGAAGUACUAACAAAAAGUCUUUGUAAAAAGAUUGAAGAAAUGUACAAAGAUAAUAAUGAUUAUAGCGAGACAAUAGAAACAUAAAUAUAUUUGAAGGUCAAAUUGACAUAAGGCACGAAUAAUCUUGUAGAUCGUGGUUAGUGUUGCCAGACGUCCCGAUGAACUCGGACAUAGGUAGACUUUUUAAAUAGUUUCCCGGUUGUCCGGCUUCAAACAUUUCUCAAACAAGAGUGGCUUUUCUACCCAAAAUUCAGCAAAACUGGCUAAUCUGUCCGGCUAUUAGGUUUAGUGACCUGGCAACCCUAAUCGCGGUUCUAAACAUGGGAGCUACCAAUAAAAAUUGCUUCGAAUUGACGCAGUUAUUUAUAAAUGAGCACUCUUUAAAUGGACUGGUUAUGAGACGUAUUAUUUUGUGUCUAUUUUACUCCAUAUUGGCAUUGAUGUACUGGUUUGGUAUAGAUUCAAACUAAUAAUAUAGAUAGACUGUUACGUUGAUGUUACUGUGUUACAGACUCGUUUAAAUUUGAACGCAAAAACUGUUAUUUCCAAGCAAUCGUCUAUCCAUUUAUAGAGAUUAUUGGUUUUAUAUUACACUGUUAACUGAAUAUGUUUAGAAGUCAACUUAAGGGUAAGUGAAACUUAAAGCAAGUGAAGAAUAAAAGCGGAUAAAUAAAAUUAACAGCUAUAUUAUGAAAUCUUUGAUUAUAACAAUGUUUAUUUUGUUGUGAAUAAAAAUCUG